CGACGCGACCUCUAAGGGGGAGAUAAUUUCUGGGUGUUCACCAUUAACAGAAUAAAAGUGUGGACUUUUAACACCGGUGGCUGCAUAAUACAGAAUCAAGGCUCGAGGUCACAACAUCCUGUGGGCGACCGAUAACAACGUGCCUGUAAGGGUCCAGCCUCUGUGGGGAAAUCAGCUCAAGUCAGUGGUCAACACUCGCAUCACUACUGUCGUGACGAAAACCAAACAGUUAGUGGAACACUGGGAUGUGAACAAUGAAAACCUGCACGGCUUCUUCUACGAGGACCACGCCCGUGAUGCCCGUUACGACCUGGAGAUCUUCAAGAAAGCUCAUGACACAGCACCAAACGUGAAGAUGUUCCUCAACGACUACGGUGUAGUUGCUAGGGGCGACAUGACAGGGGCUUACCUUUCUCAAGCUCUUCGCUACCGACGUGAAGGUGUUGGUUUGUAUGGAAUGGGCGCGCAGGGUCAUUUCAGCGGAGGUGUGGUGCCAAGUCCUAAUGUCAUAAAGGCUCGCCUGGACUUCCUAGGAGGGGCAGGUUACCCUAUCUGGAUAACAGAACUGAGCGUUCAAAACACAAACGUACAGAAACGGGCCGAGUCGUUCGACCAGAUCCUGCGCGUUCUGUACGGACAUCCGGCGGUGGAAGGGAUCAUGUUCUGGGGAUUCUGGAUCGAGAAACACUUCCAAGGAGACACCGCUUCCCUCGUCAGUGGCCCUCAGUUCGUAUUGAAUCCUGCGGGUGAACGAGUUCUCGAUCUGCUUGAAAAAGAGUGGAUGACCAAUGAAAAUCGCACGUUGUCACAGUCAGGCGAUCAGUUAACUGUCGACGGUUUCCACGGUGAUUACGAGGUCCGGGUUAUGUACCAUGGCCAGGAAUUGGUGAACCAGAAAACAACCUUCACGCUGGGAAAAUCGCCGCAUACGGUCACUUUGUCAGUGACAUAGUUUUGUUCAACAUGCUGACCUGCGAUUUGUAAACAAAACUAUCCAAUAAGAAGAUCAAAAUGUAUGUUGUCUUUCUCA